AAAAAAAACUUUCUUUAUCUUUUUCUCCCAAAGCUCUUAAGACUUUUAGUAUCCUUUUUUCUAUUUUUUCAAUAUUGCUUAGAGACUGUUCUCUACCUUCUUACAAUAAUGCAAUUAAGUGAUUUACCAAAAGAUGUUAUACAACGCAUAGCCAUCCAGUUACGGCCAAAAGAUAUAAUACAGCUAUGUUUAUGCUCGAGAAAUAUACGCACGGCAUUAAUAUCUAACGAUGAAUUCUGGAGAAAGAAGUCAUUGAGAGAUUUCGGAGACAUCUUCAAACUUUACAGAAUACUUGUGAAAGCUACAGGAUUGAACUUGCCAACUGAAAUAAGCAACAAGUUUAAGGAUUACCCAAAGAUAUGGAAGCACUACUACAUUCAAAAGACCAAGACAAUGAAUGAAGCAGAUAAGGAAGUGUUAAUGGAUCAAGGAAGCAAGCAAUAUAAUGACGCGAAGAUACUGUUGACAACGAUACAAGAAACUCGCUUAGAGUUAAACGUUUCCAUGUUGGUAGAAAUUACCUCAAAAAUGUUAUUUUUACUAGACCUUCUGCCGAAUUAUGCAGGAUGUUAUUAUAUUCUAGCUACAAUGUUGUAUAUGGAAAAUCAGUUACGUAGCGCGUUAGAUGUGUUGGAUAUGGGUCGUUCCUUUAAUCCAAUAUUUCCGCCAUUUGAAGAGCUAGAACAGAGAAUAUUAUCCGCUAUGCAACAAGAUGAUUAUAAAGGCGACGGCAAGAAAGACGUUCCUCUAUUAGUCAGUGGCCAUUUUUCACCAGAAUUAUUAAACGUGCUAUUAGAAAUAUUCGAAACUUUCGAUAAGGAUAAAGACGAAUGUUUAAACCCCAAAGAGUUGGACUCGUUUGUGUUCUCAACCAAUGGUCAGCAUCCCCCACCUUCUUUUCUAAAGAACAUGGCAGAUCGAUUUGGAGCGAAUGAACAUGGAUGGCUUACAAAGAAAGGCUUCUUGGCGUUUUAUUUAGAGCAGACUUUGGAUGAUAUUUCAGAAACCAAAAAAGAUCUACGCGCCCACAAUUAUGACUGCAGUCGUUUGGUGAAAUUAUAAAAAGACGACCCUACUCACUUUUACAUAUAUGAUCUAUUAUCUUUAGUAAUUUAAUCUAUUCAUUCAUUCUUCCUUGUAUAUAUUUAUACGUAUACCUCAUUUUGUACAUUUGAAAAUAUCCAUCCACUAUUUUAAAUAUCUUGCACUUUUAGAUUUUGUAAAAUAUUUAUUUGUACUUUUAUAGUAUUCCACUAGCAAAGAAUAAAGCUUCAUCACACGACUAUAAUAUGCG